AAGGCUAUCAUGGAGGGUCGAGAGACAAUCCAGGAUAUGACUCCCCUCAAGCGCCUCCUACAGCUGUGGGCACCGCAACUGCAGGUGGUCGUUGCUAUGGAGAUGUUGCCACACCUUCCCUGUCUGUCAGAUCAAGACAAGGAUCAAAUCGAGGCAGAAACCCGUAGCCAUGGAAACACACGAGCCCUGAUCACUCUCAUCGAUCGAGUGACUCGAUUCCCACCCGGCUGGUACAGGCAGUUCCUGCAGGGGCUGAGGAGGACCAAACAUGACGAUCUUGCAGAUGAACUGGCCAUGGACCGGGUGCACAUGAAUGUUGUUAACAAAUACGAACCUCUGCUGUGUGAGACAAUCGUUUCCGAGACGCCGAUCACAAUUGGUUUGGAUGCGUCAAACAGGGAACAACCGUCAGCAACUGCCGGUUUUGACGAAUUUGCUGAGAAGCAGGACGACGAAGGAUGUGAAAAGAUGACGCCUCUACAAGCCGCCAAAUUGCCUUUCGAACAAAGUGAACUGAAGGACAUCCCCAUGCGAGGCUACCAGGUGGAGCUGGCAGAGCCAGCACUGGAAGGCCGGAACACCAUCAUCUGUGCACCUACCGGUAGUGGCAAAACUCGCGUGGCUAUCAAAAUCACUCGGGAACAUCUAGAAGGUGGUACCUCCUUCGAAGUGGGAGCAGGUGUGGAUGCACGUCGGCGUGUGGUGUUCCUGGUCAACAAGGUGCCUCUAGUGGAACAGCAAUGCAAUGCUUUCAGGGAAUACCUGAGUCCCAAGUACGACAUUUUGCCCCUGAGUGGUGAAACUGCCGCCGACAUUCCAGUUGGAGAGACUCUUCCCGAUUACGACGUCAUCAUCCUGACGGCACAGGUGCUGGAGAACGCCCUGAUGGACGAGCUGAUCACGCUAGACACAUUUUCCAUGCUGAUCUUUGACGAGUGUCACCACUGCCAGAAGAACGAUCCGUACAACGCCAUCAUGACCAGGUACAUCAAUCAGAAGGUGGAGCAGAGCAGCGCAAGGCUACCACAGAUCAUCGGUCUGACCGCCUCUCUGGGUGUGGGGAAGUCGAAGAGUCAAAAGGAAGCCGUGGAACAUAUCCUGGGAGCAUGCGCCAACCUGGACGCAGAGUGGAUUUCUCAGGUUAUGGAGCACAAAGCCGAACUGCAGUAUCAUAACCAAAAGCCAGACGAAGGACGAGGUCGUGCAGAGGGCAGCAAGUCUGUGCUGAUCGCUGGACGGGAAGGCGGAAUUGCCCUGAAGGAAAAGUUGGACACCAUUCGGGAGAAGCUGAUGGAGAGGGCGAUGCUGCAGGUGUGGCACAUGCAGAGGGAGAAGCAUGAUGACUUUAUGAAGUUGGUCCGACGUCUGCAAGAAGAGUCCAAGAAGGAGAGAGAUCUCGCUCAGGCUUUGAAGGAAAUGCAGAGGAAAACCAAGAAGAUCCGCGGAAAGGGGAUGAGGCUGCUCUGUGUGAAGUGCAAGGAGUUUGCCUGCAAUGUCAGCGACUUCCGCCAGAUCAAGGAGAACCACCACGUGGUGGUGGACAAAACCUUUCCCCAACGGAUCGAGAUCAAGCCCCACCCACCCAAGAAGAUUGACGACUGGGAAAUGAACGGAAAGGUGUACUGCAGUAACUGCAGACAAAACUGGGGAAUACAGAUGGUGUACAGACAGGCCAGCUUCCCCACCCUGAAGAUCGAGUCUUUCGUCAUUGAGAAGUCGGACGGGCAGAGACUGACCUGCCGGAAAUGGAAAAACGCACCCUUUUACGUCAAGGACAUCACCCCUGACGACAUUUCCGGGAUGCUGGAGACGCCGGAAGAAGAUGAGGAAGAUGAACCAAUGUUCGACUGA